AUGAAUGGCACUGGAGUUAUAAACCCAUCAAAUAUCAAUAAUGAGACCAAUAUUAAUGGCAAAUAUAUCAAUGAUCAAAAUUAUACGGCAAAAUUAGCUGCUCAAUAUAAUGAAUUUUAUUUAAAUAUAACAUCUCCAAAAAUUAAUCAAAUUGGUAAUUAUAAGAUUAUUAAAGAAAUUGGUGAGGGUUCAUUUGGUAAAGUUUAUUUAGCUACUCAUAUAAUUUUAAAUAUUAAUGUUGUUUUAAAAUGUGGAUUAAUUGAUGAUCCAAAUAUUGUUCGUGAAAUUUAUUAUCAUAAACAAUUAAAAAUGAAAAAUAUAGUUAGUUUAUAUGAAGUUAUUAAAACUGAAAAUCAUUUAUGGAUAGUUAUGGAAUAUUGUCAAGGCGGUGAAUUAUAUUAUCAUAUUUAUGAAAAGAAAAGAUUAACUUUGGCUGAAUGUAAACCAAUAUUUUUUCAAAUUGUUUUAGGUGUUAAAUAUGUUCAUUCAUUAAACUUAAGUCAUAGAGAUUUAAAAUUGGAAAAUAUAUUAUUAGCUGAUCAAAAGAAAUCAAUUGUAAAAUUAACAGAUUUUGGUUUUAUUAGAGAAUUUAAUCCUCAAUCUAGAAAAUUUUUAUCAACUAUAUGUGGUACAACAGUUUAUAUGGCUCCUGAAUUAAUUUCACAAUCAAAAUAUUCUGGUUUUCAAAUUGAUAUUUGGUCAUUGGGUAUAAUUUUAUAUACUAUGCUUUAUGGUGUAUUACCAUUUGAUGAUGAUGAUGAAAUGAUUGUAAAAAAUAAAAUAUUAACUAUAGAUCCUGAAUUUGCUGAAAUUGUACCUAAUGAUGUUAAUUUAUUAAUUAAUAAAAUGUUAAAUAAAGAUCCAAAUCUUCGACCUAAUUUAAAUGAAAUUUUAAAUUCAUCAUUUUUAAUUGAUAUUUAUAAUAAACAUUUGGAAAAAGAACGAAAGGAAAAAUUUAAAAAACAAUAUGAUGUUAAUGAUUCAGAAUCAAUUUUAUCAAUAAAUCAACAUUAUAAUACUAUAAAACAACCAUUUAGUACAAAGAUUGAAAAAGAUUUAAUUAAAAAACUUCAAAGAUUGGAUUUAAAUAUAGAAGAAUUACAAGAAAGUGUUUAUAAUAAUGAAAUGAAUUCAUUAACUGCUUUUUAUGAGUUGUUAUUAACACAAGAAUUCACAAAGAAGAAGAAAAAGUAUAUAAAAGAAAAGAAACGAAAAUAUUAUGAAGCUAAACAUUCACUUAAAAGAUCAAAGAAAAGAGUUAAAAGUGCAUUGUCAUUAUCAUCUGAUCCUUCUUUAACUGGGUCACAACCAUUAGAAAGAAUUUUUUCAACUUUAAGUAUAACUUCAAAUAAAAAUUCAAGUAAAACAAAUUUAACAAAAUACGCUAGUAAUACAACUAAUAGAAAAUCAUUAGAUCAUCAUCCUCAAUCAUUACAAUUGCCAAAUCAAAAUAUACCCAAAUCACCAACGAAUAGAUUAAGUGUCGAACCUAAAUUUUCAUCAUUAAAAUCACAUUCAAGAAAAAGUUCACAAGUAAUAUCACCUACAUCUUCUAAUCCACAAUCAAAUAUAAAUGGAAAUGGUGUUAGUCUUUCAUCUGUACCUUUGCAGAGAGCUGUAUCAUUUGUUCCUGAUGAACGAAGAUUAUCCAAUGCUUCAUCUAAUAAAGAAUUUACAAGAAGAAAUAAUAAAAGUGGUAAGAUAUUGAACAAACUACAAUUUUGGAAGAAAACUAAAUAUAAUACUGACUCAAUGACAAUAGAUGAUGAAGAUUCGACGUCUCAUCACAGUAAUGUGACGUCAAAUGGUAAAGCAACAACUAAUAACAUCAAUAAUGAUUAUGAUGUUGCUGAUCCAUUAGAAUUACAAAUUAAACGUAGUGUUCCAGAACAAGAACAAAAUCAAUUACAAUCUGAAAAGAAACUGACUAAUGAUCAACAAUCAACAAUUUUAUUUGAACCAAAUUUUAGAAGAACAAAUUUGAGUCCAAAUGAUACAAAUGUUCAAGAUUCACGUUUAUUAAUUCCAAAUGAUACAAAUAUUCAAGAUUCACGUUUAUUAAUUCCAAAUGGUACAGAGCUGCCUUCUACACCACCAUCAUCAGAUAAUAAAUUAACACGAACUAGACCUUCAUCAAUGAUUUCUCAAUUUAGUCAAUUUAGUAGAUUAAGUCAAAUGUCAACUAUGUUAUCUGAAUCAGAAUUAGAUAUAUUGGAUGAAACUGAUACUAUGGAUGAUGAUGACGAUGAUGAUGAUGCAUAUGAAUCAAGUAUUAAUACUUCUCAAGAUAAUUCAAAAUUACCAUCAGCAACUGGAAUGACUCCAACAUCAUCAAAUGUAAUAAAUCAUCGACAUAAAAAAAGACCAAGUUAUAAAAGAGCACUUUCAUCAGAUGUAUCUAUUCAAACUAAUUCAUCAUCAAAUUAUUCAAUGCUGAUUGCAAAUACAAAUAAUAAUAAAAAGAAAACUUCAAUUACAAAACUAGUUGAUUAUUUAAAUGCAAAUGAAAAAAAUGGUCCAAUUGAUCCAACAUCUAAUUUACCAAGUAUUUUAAAUAAUGAAUCAGAAAAAUUUCCAUAUCAAAGAGCUCCAUCACCACCUGUUGGUUUUAAAUUUGGUAAUAAACCACAAAAGAAGAUUUCAAUAUCAAUGUUUUCAUAUAAUAAUUCAAAUCAUGGUCCAACUACAGUUUUUCCAAAAUCAUAUCAAGAUACAAAACAAGUAGAAGAGUGGCUUAAUAAUGGUACUACUAAUUCUACAACAACAACAAAUAAAAAUACUACGUAUGAACCUGUUAUUAAUGAAGAAGAUGAGGAUGAAUAA